AUGUCCAACACACCUACUCCCACCCCUACGCCAAGAGCGAACACGGAAAGCAUAAUCACUGCGCUAGGUAAUGCGUAUAAGACACAAACGGGCGAACCCUUGCAAAGCGACCGCAUCGCACAACUUCUCAUACAGAACAUGGGCCAGCUGAGCGAGCUCGCAAAACAAGGCAAGCUGAAUCAAUCGCAGAUACUGCAGCUGAAAGAAUAUGCGGACAAACACAAAGCAGGAGGGUCUGGCAGUACCGCUGCGGCGUCGGCGCCGGGCCCCUCGUCCAACCCUGGUCCAUUCCGAACAGCCAAUACUCCUUACCUUCAGUCUGCACCGAAGACGGAAACCUAUCCGGUCAGCGGGUCCUUGACCCCAACUAGCACUACUCCGGUUCAGUGGCCCGCUGCUCAGCAAGGCCGUGCAACAUUGACAGCAGGCAUAGCGGCGGGUCGAAUGUCCGGAACCCCUGCACUCAUCUCCAAGCCAUCAGAUGACCCCAGCUUGCUGUCCACCGAAGACAACCGCACACGGAGAAAGAGCACUCCCGGCGACCAAAGCAUGCGGAGAUCAAUACUAGACCUCGUGUACAGCAUCGACCCCAACGUUAAGCUUGAGCCAGAGGUCGAGGAUCUCAUGCUGGAUAUAGCUGACGAGUUCGUUGACUCCGUGACAAACUUCGCAUGUCGUCUAGCGAAGCACAGGGGCGCUGACACCCUAGAUGUCAAAGACCUCCAGCUUCAUCUCGAGCGCAAUCAUAACAUUCGGAUACCGGGCUUCGCGUCGGACGAGACGCGCAUAUCGCUCUCGCAGACGACCACAGCGCCCGCGGUACCUAUUGCCGGUACCGCCAAGAAAGGCGCACAAGGCACGCAGUCUGGGCCAACAUCGCGCAGUCAACGACUUGCACAAGUAGCAAUGGCGAAAAAAGAGGCUAAAUUAGUCUAAGAUAGCGAAGAGGGCGAGUCUUUCCUUCGCCUUGUACAUGUAUCCUUGCUACGUCGGACGUUGAUACAGUGUCUGAUGACCAUGUUGUAUGAUAUGGAUCUGUUGUGCAGGCUUUCAUGAACAGCUUGAGUGCGGGUUGAU